CAAUUUUGCACUUUACUGUCUGAAGAAGGCGAAGGAAAUUCUAUCGUGUAAUUGAACUGCUGGUGUUCACCGUUAACUGUCAACAUGGUUGAUACAUUCUGUGCAACUUGGAAGCUUACAGACAGCCAGAACUUUGAUGAAUACAUGAAAGCGCUUGGUGUUGGGUUUGCAACAAGGCAAGUGGGCAAUGUUACCAAGCCUACUAUUGUCAUUAGCCAAGAAGGGGAGAAAGUUGUGGUUAAAACACUGAGUACUUUCAAGAACACUGAGAUUUCCUUCAAACUAGGAGAAGAGUUUGAUGAAACCACUGCAGAUGACCGGAAUGUCAAGUCGACAGUAACCUUGGAUGGAGACAAACUGGUCCAUGUUCAGAAGUGGGAUGGAAAAGAAACCAAGUUUGUCAGAGAAAUCAAGGAUGGUAAAAUGGUCAUGACUUUGACUUUUGAGGGUGUGCAUGCAGUUCGCACAUAUGAAAAGGCAUAGUGUGAAACUAAUGGAUGCCUCAGUCUACUCCUGGCAACUUGACAACGAUAGAGCUGCAUUUUUUCAUUAUAUGAUUACACUUUCCCUUUUUAAAACAUGGGACACUUUUUUUAAACUACUUUUUAUAUCAAAUGCAUGACUUAUGGACUUAAUUGUUGCAUGUUAUAGACAGUCAUUUUUGACCAAUUGUGUAAAACUGAGUUAAAUACAUACUUGAUGACAUCC